GAGGAAGAGACAAAAAGUAGUUUUUCCCCUCCUCCUCCUCCUUUCUCUCGCUGAUCCCGCCUCCUCCUCAGAGUUAGGAAGACUCGCUGAUGCGUCUGGGCUGUAGCUGGGCUUUUUCUUUUCUUUCUCUUCUUUUUUUCCUUUUUUUUCAAAGUGUCUAGAAAAAGGACAAGCACCCUCGGACCUGAUUUUUCGCUCCUCGUCCUAGCGCUGGGUUCUUACUGGGUCUGUGUGUUUUAAAGGCCAGAAGACGAGGGGAACAAAACCCGCCGGAUCCAUCCAUCACCGUGGGUGGUUUUAAUUUUCCCUUUUUUCUCGUUAAUUUUUUUUUUUUAAAACGACUCAUCUGCACGAUGAACAAACUGUACAUCGGGAACCUCAGCGAGAACGCCGCCCCCUCGGACCUAGAAAGUAUCUUCAAGGACGCCAAAAUCCCGGUGUCGGGACCCUUCCUGGUGAAGACGGGCUACGCGUUCGUGGACUGCCCGGACGAGAGCUGGGCCCUCAAGGCCAUCGAGGCGCUUUCAGGUAAAAUGGAACUGCACGGGAAACCCAUAGAAGUUGAGCACUCGGUCCCCAAAAGGCAAAGGAUUCGGAAACUUCAGAUACGAAAUAUCCCGCCUCACUUACAGUGGGAGGUGCUGGAUGGUUUACUAGUCCAGUAUGGAGUGGUAGAAAGCUGUGAGCAAGUGAACACUGACUCGGAAACUGCAGUCGUAAAUGUAACCUAUUCCAGUAAGGACCAAGCUAGACAAGCUUUAGACAAACUGAACGGAUUCCAGUUAGAGAACUUCACCUUGAAAGUAGCCUAUAUCCCCGAUGAAAUGGCCGCCCAGCAGAACCCCUUGCAGCAGCCUCGAGGUCGCCGUGGGCUUGGGCAGAGAGGCUCCUCGAGGCAGGGGUCUCCAGGGUCAGGGUCCAAGCAGAAACCAUGCGACUUGCCUCUGCGCCUACUGGUUCCCACCCAGUUCGUUGGAGCCAUUAUAGGAAAAGAAGGCGCCACCAUUCGGAACAUCACCAAACAGACCCAGUCCAAGAUCGAUGUCCAUCGCAAGGAGAAUGCAGGGGCUGCUGAGAAGUCAAUUACUAUCCUCUCUACCCCCGAAGGUACCUCUGCGGCUUGUAAGUCUAUCCUGGAGAUUAUGCAUAAGGAAGCUCAAGACAUAAAAUUUACAGAAGAGAUUCCCUUGAAGAUUUUAGCUCAUAAUAAUUUUGUAGGCCGUCUUAUUGGUAAAGAAGGAAGAAACCUUAAAAAAAUUGAACAAGACACAGACACUAAAAUCACCAUAUCUCCAUUGCAGGAAUUGACGCUGUAUAAUCCGGAACGCACCAUCACAGUAAAAGGCAAUGUUGAAACGUGUGCCAAAGCUGAGGAAGAGAUAAUGAAGAAAAUCAGGGAGUCUUAUGAAAAUGAUAUUGCUUCUAUGAAUCUUCAAGCACAUUUAAUUCCUGGAUUAAAUCUGAAUGCUUUGGGUCUGUUCCCACCCACUUCAGGGAUGCCACCUCCCACCUCAGGGCCCCCCUCGGCCAUGACUCCUCCCUACCCACAGUUUGAGCAGUCAGAGACGGAGACGGUUCAUCUGUUUAUCCCAGCCCUAUCCGUCGGUGCCAUUAUCGGCAAGCAGGGCCAGCACAUCAAACAGCUUUCUCGCUUUGCAGGAGCGUCAAUUAAGAUCGCUCCAGCUGAAGCACCAGAUGCAAAAGUGAGGAUGGUGAUUAUCACUGGACCACCAGAGGCUCAGUUCAAGGUACCUUACAUGAACAGUGUCAGCCAGGUUAUAGAAACCUGA